GACCAUAAAGAAUAUACUAACUACCCUUGUGGACCGCUAUGAAGAGGAACGGUGGGACGAACACAUCCCCCUGUGCAUGCUGGCUUAUCGUGCGGCUGUACACGAAUCGACAGGCUAUGCACCGGCAUUUCUACAACUCGGCCGCAACCUUCGACUACCUUCUGACGCAGACACGCCCGUGGCCCCGGCAGACCUAGUUGGCAGUAACGAGUACGUCCGAUCGCUCCGCGAACGUCUGUUCGCCGCACUGCAAACCGCUCACGAAAGUAUUGGACAUACUCAGCAGCACCAAACGACUGUAUAUGACCGCAGAUCAAACGGACCCGUGUAUGAAGUGGGUGACCAUGUGUUCUUACAUCGCCCGAAAGCACCCCCGGGUGCACCCGCAAAAUUCCACCAGACGUGGCAGGGCACUUAUGUUAUUAUUAUGAAGAGACCAAACAAUACAUGUCAUCCGUA